CAUAUGACAAGAGCUCACUUCCUGUCGACUCUUUGCACUCCUGGCUGGGGCUUUGGAGACAGAAACAACAUUCUGUCCCAGUUUUCGUGUGGUUGUCGUUGCACCUCAAGAUGCUGGCGCUCAUAAACAGGCUUUUGGACUGGUUCAAAUCCCUUUUCUGGAAGGAGGAGAUGGAGCUGACGCUGGUGGGGCUCCAGUAUUCCGGGAAGACCACCUUUGUCAACGUGAUAGCUUCGGGCCAGUUCAGCGAAGACAUGAUUCCUACAGUGGGGUUUAACAUGCGAAAAGUCACCAAAGGCAACGUGACAAUAAAGAUUUGGGAUAUAGGAGGACAGCCAAGAUUCAGAAGCAUGUGGGAGCGAUACUGUAGAGGAGUGAAUGCUAUUGUUUACAUGGUAGAUGCUGCUGACCGUGAAAAAAUAGAGGCAUCAAGAAAUGAGCUUCACAAUCUGCUAGACAAGCCACAGUUACAAGGCAUCCCUGUUCUAGUGCUUGGAAACAAGAGGGAUCUUCCCAGUGCUUUGGAUGAGAAGCAGCUUAUUGAAAAAAUGAAUUUAGCAGCCAUUCAGGACAGAGAGAUUUGCUGCUACUCAAUUUCUUGCAAAGAAAAGGACAACAUAGAUAUCACACUGCAGUGGCUUAUCCAGCACUCAAAGUCCCGGAGGAGCUGAGGCUGAAGACCCCUGCCCUUGUCCUGUUGGCCAUAUCAGUUCCAAAAUGCCCCGCUCACUCUGUGAUGACGUAAUCCUUUUUCACACCACAGUCUCCCUUGUAGCCCAGUUCUUAAUUUCCUUCACAGUCCAUUUUGUGCACUGCUAAUGAUGUGUAACCUCCAGUAACAAAAAAAAAACAGCUUAAAGUACUAGAGUUGUCAUGAUACUGUAAGUAAAGCUUUAGAACUGUUAGAAGCUGGGAAAUGCAGAUCAGCCCAGAAUGUCAUAUGCCUUUGAAAUGCCAAAUCACAGGUCCUUUUUUAUUUUCCAAAUAAGCCUGUGGACUAAGAUCCUUGUUCUGCAGCAGGUUUUUUUUGUACAAGUAGAUCAUGUUACCGUCUGUCAUAUUUGUUUUGUAAAUAGGUUGACGUUUAUCCACUAUAUCUGUCAGCCAAAAUGGGCAGUUCGUCUGUUUUGUUGAAUAUUGGUGUUUAAAUGUGAUUCUACCAGUUUUAUGUUAAUCAUGUUUUGUUAGGUUGUACACAUUUUAUGAAUUUUGCCUUUGGCUUAAAGAAAUUCUUUAUCCCUACAAGUAAUCAAAAUGUGACCUUAUUUUAUUGUAGUCAGAAGUCCUCAGACUGUAGCAACUCUAUGGACUAAGUAAACAGGGAGAGGAAUAUCAUGCAGUUUAGUUUACUUUAAUGAGCAUAUAUUUAAGAGUCUGAAUGUAAUAAAUUCAAAGGUAAAGCUGUACGUAAUUGUGGGGUCUUGUACCAAGAGUCCUGUCUGUACUUUUCCAGUGUCAGGUGAAACCUGCAAUGCUGUUUCUGUCUACGGAGUGGUCUGCAGAGUUGAAAGUGCCUUCUGCAAUAGCUCUGACUACUGGACCAAAACAGCAUUUAAACAUGGAAUUGUGUGUGGGGUAGGAAAAGAAAAGGAAAACAUAAAAGCUGAUAAAGUACAAUAAAAAGCAUGCUUUUUAACCUGGAUGAUUGUAACUUGAUGUACUUAUGAUGCUUGACUGGUAAAAUUCACUGUGGUUCUGUAUUUGAAGCAGUUAAGAUAUUGUGACAACUCUAGACAUUCCCUUACCUUAUUUAAUGCACUUGUGUAAAUAUGCUAAAAAUGUAUGAUAAAAUGUUGAAGACAGUAAUGUAAAAGCACAAGGAGGAGUCAAUGAAAUGAUGCUAAUUGUUGCUUUGCUUAUGUAAAAAAAUGGAGCAUGUGCUCCUGUAGUUCUCAUGACACAUUUUGCACCUUUUUUUAAACUAGAGCAAGAUGCCAGCAACUGAAUGAAGGACUAAUGUUCACUUUUUCAGGACUUUCACAGCAGUUUGCAUGCUGUUCCAAUGAUUGUUUAAAGUGGUUUUCAUCUAACCUGGAAAACACUGUGUGUUAUUCCCCUUUUGUUUCUUUCAGAAUGUGAUUUAGGAAAUUCUGGUGGAAAAGGGUGCCAUAUAAUGCCUUGUUGCCUCCAGAUUAGUUAGGUUGACCAAACAGCCAUGUUUUAUCAAGUAAUCUCAUUCACAAAUUGCCUUACUGAAAAAGAGUUCAUGUAGCAGGUUUAAUCUGUCACUCAGACAAUUUGGUGCCCUUCUUCAAGACGUCCAUUGGCAAACUAGAAGACGAGUAGUAAUCCAAUGGCAAAUUAAUACAUUUCGUCACUCAAUUCUGAUUAGACUAUUUAGGCUCUAGCUCUGUAUGAAUUGGUCGCACAAUUAAAUAUCGACCACUUUAUGGCUAUCCUGCAGAUAUUCUGUAUGAAGCCUUACAUCUAUUUGCAUUUAUAUUUUUAUUUGACUGCUGGUGCCUCCCAAACUCUUUGCACUUUUGAUUUAGUAUGCACAUCCUUUUCUUUUAGAGAAAAAUAAUAGAAAGGUAAUGCUUAAACAUUGGCCCUUUUUACAGAGCUUUUCUGGGUGGGACGCCCCAUCAGAGAAACUAGAAGCACGAUCAGGUUGCAUUUGCAAUCUGUUCCUUUGUCAGUUAAAAGUUAAAAGCUUUGCAGAAGUAGGUGAUAUAUUACUGCCCCCGGUGACCUAAACUUUACAUGAGUGUCUAGAGAAGUCACUUCAGCACGAAAUGUUGCUUUGAGAGUGGGGCAGCUUAUUUCCUUAUUUAAUUUGUGAUCAGAACUAUUAACAGAUUUAUGGCACAACUCUGCAGAUCUAUUCUAUGAAGUAUUUGUUUUGUGGUUUUCUGAGCUAUUAAGAUGCUUACAGUUACAUCAGAAUCAAGGACAGAAUUGGCUCUGAACCUUGUUAGAUGAAUUUUCUCCAUUAAAUCUACCUCGAGGCAAGUUCGGCACUAAAAUGUGAAUUUUCCCUUUUAAUUAGUUUCACCUACACAAGACAUCUAUGAAACUUUAUAAGCCAUUUGUUGUGCGUGGCAUGUAAGAAGUUUUGUAUUUUUGAAAAUCAUUUAAGCAAUUAACAUUUGGAUGUAAAGAAAAUUGAUCAACUAAAUUGCAUUGGGUGUUAUUUGAUAUAAACCUUAUCAUUUUUUUAAAGAUUGAUAUAAUACAAAUUAAUACCGAACUUUUAAUGGGUAUCAAGCUUGAGUGCCACAAAAGCCUUCAUUUUAACCGUUAAUGUGAACUGGCUCAUACUGUAAACCAUUUUUUUUUCCUUUUCCCAACUUCAGAGUCUUGAUCUUUGGUAUCAGAUGCAGUUGGGUCUGCAAGGCAGAAGUUGAGAAGAGGAAUUGUAAAUGGAGGGAUGCCUAGCCAAUUCUGUUCAGACACAUGGGAGAUUUCCACCUUAGCCACAAGAAAGGGGAAGAUCAGGAAUGACACUCUCAAAAUCUACUACUGUAAUUGUAUAAAUCAAUCAUGUAAUUGCUUGGCCAUUAGAAACUUUCUGAAAGUAUGUCAAACAUAAAGGAAGUAGCUUAGAAAAGCUUUCAUUUGAACGAAUAAUAUACAUGUAUAGAUGCCCAUAAAUUGGAAAUGUAUAUCUUACACCCUAAAUCCUCCAUUUGCCCUCAGAACAUGUACUACACAUUUUAACGAUAUCGCCAGAUUGCAACGAGGCUGGCUUUGAGGAAGCCAGAUUUACUUAUUGGAAACCAAAACAAAAUUACAUUAUCACACUGGGACACCUAGCCAUCUACCUUUGAGUACUUGUUUGGCCAUAGUUACAUCGUUCUACAAGUUAUUUAAAGUAGCACAGAGAGAGAAAGCACAUGCUUUCCUUCAUCACGUCAUGUUCUUUUGACAAAGUGUUAACUUCAAGGGAACUGAAAGAAAAUUGGGGAUGAGGAAUUCAAUGGAGAUUUUACUGCCUUGCCAUAAUAAACACAGACUUGUUCGCCACUGUUCUUUUGACUAGUUUGAGCAUGUCGCCCAGCACUCUGUACUGGUUGUAGGUGCUUUUGCAUUACUCAGCAGUUAUAGCUUCUUCAAACUGCUUUCUGCAGUUACAGUGGCAAGGAUUUUCUUUAUCUUUUCUCGUAUUUGUGCAGCAUUGUGCCUAAUUAGACAGAACAUGGAUGUUAAUAUGCUUUAUGUGGGGACCAGGUCACUAUUUAAAUAUUUAAUCAGGGGUGUAGGUAAAGCUAAUGUAUUUGUUGUGUUGAUAUACUAACUGCUUUCAGCAUUUUAUGGCAUUCAGACACUAUUAUGAAAAGAAAGAUGUGUUUUUCCCUGUGCAUUAAAAAUUGCAUGUGUAAACAGAAUCAUUCAAUUACAGACUUUGUAAAUAAGAAAAAAAAAACAACCUUUUUAUUCAGGUGAA